GAGUCCUACCGUCCUCUUUCAGUGAAGUCUAGAUUGCUGUCUCAGAUCAUGGGAGGCAGCAUAGCCUAGCUGAUAGCUGUCAGACUGGCAGUCAGAAGAUCCAGGUUUUCCUUCUGGUUCUUUUGGCCUUCUCUGUACUAUUGGGAAUGAGGCCCAGAAUGAACAGCAUCUUUAGAGAUGGGAAAACUGAGGGUAAUGAAGUUUGCCCUACUGUAAACUCCUUUUGAAUUGGGUGGAUUAAAAGCACCAGCCGACCCUAUUAAUAGGAAUAAGUAAUUCCUGUUAAUACAUGAAGUUUUGUGUGUCUGCAUAAGGUAUUCUGCAAGCAGUUUGGCUUUCUUUCAUUUGGGUACUGAAUUUUGGCCACUGCAGGAUGCCAUUGUGAAGAAGGGAGGGGUAGCUGUAACGGGGAACCAGUAGUUUCAUUUCUGUUCGUAGCUGACUAUUCAGUAAUUCUGUGGAUUACAGUCUACCAGCUGUUUGCUAAUACUGGAGACUGUAUAUACUGAAGGAGACUGCUAGAAAACAGAUUUUGCUUUGUAGCUGCAAUCACUGCUCAUCAAAAGGUAAAACAACCCGUAAGAGAGAGCAACCAUCUUUUAACCCUCAAGAGAAAAAAAUCCUACUUGAGUGCCAUCAAAACUGUCCAAGCUUUCAAAUAUAUUCAAAAGUCAUCGCUGGUCUUGAAGCUGACAGACUUCAGCAGAUCUGAACUAGAGGAAGGAAGAUGAUGUCCUUGGACAACCUGGAGAAUGCAGUCCGUAACCCGGUCAUUCCAUAUGUUGGGAGUAUCCUUAGCGGUCUUCUUCCUGGAGAACUCAUUGUGAUGCGUGGAAGCAUUCCUGAUGAUGCUGACAGGUUCCAGGUGGACCUCCAGUGUGGCAGUAGUGUAAAACCUCGUGCUGAUGUGGCCUUUCACUUUAAUCCCCGCUUCAAAAGAUCUGGCUGUAUUGUCUGUAAUACAUUGCAGAGGGAAAAAUGGGGUUCAGAAGAGAUCACUUAUGAGAUGCCUUUUCAAAAAGGCAAAUCAUUCAAGAUUGUCUUUAUGGUUUUGAAGGAUAAAUUCCAGGUGGCUGUAAAUGGAAAACACUUGCUUCUGUACAAACACAGAAUCAACCUUGAGAAAAUAGACACAGUUGGAAUAUAUGGCAAAGUGCAGAUUGAAAUUAUAGAGUUUGUUUCCAACAAGUCUUUACAAGGCUCUCAGCCAUCGUCUCUAGGAAUAACAAAGAUAAACACAGAAAAUGGGGCAGUGCCAGAUGGCUCACAAUUUGCAGUUCCUUACCUUGCAAGGCUUAAUUCUGCACUUGGUCCUGGACGCACAGUUACCAUCAAAGGAGAAGUGAAUAAAAACCCAAACAGCUUUACUAUUAAUCUAAAAUCAAGCGACUCUAAGGAUAUUGCCCUGCACCUGAAUCCCCGCAUAAAAAACAAAGUUUUCGUGAGAAAUUCUUACCUUCAUGAUAGCUGGGGAGAAGAAGAAAAGGAGGUGGCUCAUUUCCCCUUCAGUCCAGGAAUGUAUUUUGAGCUCAUCAUUUUGUGUGACGCUCACGAGUUCAAGGUUGCUAUCAAUGGGGUACACGUAUUAGAGUACAAGCAUCGAUUUAAACAGCUGGGCAUGAUCAACCUAUUGGAGAUCACUGGAGACAUUGAGUUACUGGAUGUGAGGAGCUGGUAGUUUUCUGUUAGGUUGAAGAAUCCUUAUAAUGCUAUUUUAACAAAGAUUUUUUUUUCUUUUUAGUCCAGAUGUGGU